UGCUGAUCAACCAAUCAGAACGCAUCUUCGUAAAAUUGACCACUGUGGGUGACUAACCAAUAUUACAGAGAAACAUUGCACCAAACCAAAAGCACUGAGUAGUGCAUUCUCCCUGUCAGCAGACUUCCUCCUCCUCUUCUUCUGUCCAUCAUGGCGUCCGGAGCGCUGUUUCCCAGUCUGGUGUCAGGGUCACGGGGGUCAUCCAGUAAAUACCUUGUGGAGUUUAGAGCGGGGAAGAUGACAAUGAAAGGCAGCACGGUGACCCCAGACAAACGUAAAGGUCAAGUCUACAUCCAGCAGACAGACGACUCUCUCAUCCACUUCUGCUGGAAGGACCGGACCACAGGCAAUGUGGAUGAUGACCUGAUCAUCUUCCCUGAUGACUGUGAGUUUAAAAGGGUGAACCAGUGCACCACCGGACGAGUCUAUGUGCUCAAGUUUAAGGCAGGAUCCAAGAGACUCUUCUUUUGGAUGCAGGAGCCAAAGACAGAUAAAGAUGAGGAGUUUUGCCGUAAAGUGAAUGAGUAUCUGAAUAAUCCUCCUAUGCCCGGAGCUCUGGGCAGUGGAGGAGGAGGAGGACAUGACCUGUCUGCUCUUGGAGGGGAGGGUGGCCUGCAAAGCCUUCUGGGAAACAUGAGCCACAAUCAGCUCAUGCAGCUCAUCGGACCCACUGGACUUGGAGGCAUCGGAGGUCUUGGGGCGUUAGCUGGUCCAGGACUGGCCAACCUCCUCGGCAGCAGCAGUGUUCCAGCUGCCAGUAAUUCCUCCACAAGCCCCUCCACCGCAGUGACCCCGACCUCCAGCUCCACUGUGAGUCGCCUGGGCUCAUCUCAGGUGCCAACCACACCCAUCACCCCUUCAGCGACCACAGCCUCCUCUCCCCCUGCCUCCUCCCCCUCCACCCCUGCCGCACCUCCCGUCACUGCACCGGCCUCCAGCGCUCAGCCCAUACAGCUACGGGACCUGCAGAGUAUUCUAGCAACCAUGAACGUUCCCGCCACUACACAAGGAGUGGACCUGGCCAGUGUUUUGACCCCAGAAGUGAUGGCUCCACUCCUGUCAGACCCUGAAGUACAGCAGAGGCUCCUGCCGCACCUGCCAUGUGGGGAGUCCCUGCCCCAGAGCCCAGAGGAGCUGCACAAUACUCUCACCUCUCCACAGUUUCAGCAGGCUCUGAGCAUGUUCAGCAGUGCUCUUGCGUCGGGGCAGCUGGGGCCUUUGAUGAAUCAGUUUGGUUUGCCACCAGAGGCCGUGGACGCAGCCAACAAAGGAGAUCUGGAGGCGUUUGCCAAAGCGAUGGAAACAGAGACUAAGUCCGACCAGGAGGCCUUCAGUAAAGACAAGAAAGACGAUGAUGAAGAUAUGAGUUUGGAUUAGGAAUAAAUACAGUUAAGCAGAGAUGUAACAAUACUGGCAAAGUCAAAAAUCACAAAAUCUAUGACAUUUUAAAUAUAUACAUAUAUCCUAUGGUGAGUUGAAAGUGAACUGUAGGUAGGUAUGAGAAUAAUUACUGCACCAAAAACACAUCAUUCCAAUAAAUGCCACUGGUAUGUCGAGAUAUAUGUAACUUUCCCCACCAAGAAAAGUUACGUAGUACACUUUUAAUAACAACUGAUACUUUGCAGCUGGUAUCAUCAACAUUCCCUGGGAGUGUAAUGCUAACUGUAAGCACUGCUCUUUCUGAUGCUUGUUAGAUUAUAAUCUGAGCUGUUUUAACACAAUCUAACCAUAAAGAUCUGUCUUAGUCUCUCACACAUAAAAUUACAGUCAUAGAUAGCUAGGGUUAGACAACUUUUUUUUUCUCAGUUUUCAGAUGAUUUUAAAACUUCUUUGACAGAGUUUGCUAACGCGUACUCAUUGUGUCACUAUGGAUCCACCACAGAGACACAUAGAACACCCUCAGCUUGAUGUCACUGUAUCAAUAUAAAGCCUACAGCAAAAUCUCAAUAUUGUUACAUCCGUAUGCCUAAGUUAUUUAUUUAUUGACUGUGACUGCUUCCAGUACAGAUUAUUUAUUAACAUGACAAAGACACUACAGCUGAAAGCUCUGAUAGUGUGUGCAUUUUAUUUAAGGCAUGCAGCCAUCUGAUGUCUGAACUUCUACCACAAAGGAAACUGUUAAUAAACUAAAGUAUCCCGG